AGUCCGCGGUCACACACACUGUUGCGCUCAUUCAUAUUUUGUUUUGUUGCUCGCUGCUGAUUUUUUUUUAAACAAUUGGAACUACGCAUAAACUCAGCCAAGAAUCGCUCUAUUUAUUAUUUAUGUAAAUGCUGUUUUUAUUCGGAAUUUAUGUAUGUAACGCAGCAGUAGAUUAGCAGGAGCCACUUCAUACAAAAGGAACUCAAACGGAAUUUCAAGGAUACUCGGCCACAGGACUACAGCAACAAAAACACAGCCCAACAUGUCGGUGGCAGGUCUACGACAGUGCCUGCUCCUAUGGAGCGUAGACUACUGGAACUUGGAAGUCAUGGCUGACAAUGUGUUCAAGUCGCAAGAUAUCGGGCUACGCGCUCAAAAGAAAAUCCUCUCACGCAUGGCAACGAAAAAUAUUGCAAAGACAUUCAUCGAUGGGACAACGGCCUCGCUGCUGGAUAACCUGUACAGGCUGUGCAAGAUGCAUACCGGCAACAAGGCCAAGGCGGAGAAGCUGAUCAAGAAUAUCAUCAAAAUAGUCAUCAAGAUUGGAGUUCUGCAUCGGAAUAACCAGUUUAGCGACGAGGAGCUGCAAAGAGCCGAGAACUUUAAACGCAAGUUUCAGAACACCCAACUGUCCAUCAUAUCAUUCUACGAGGUAGACUACACCUUCGACCUGGCCUAUCUGCAAAAGUCGAUAGCGGAAUCGCAGGUGGCACUCAAGUCGAUUGUGCAACCGCAUCUGACGGACAAGUCAUUAGGUCGCAUCGAUGAGGUGUUUGAUUUCUUUGGCGAUGCCGUGCUUUUGGAGACGGCCUUCAAGCCGGACUCGCCCUACCGCGAGGUUAUGGGCAAGAUUGUGGCCGACAUCAACUCCGCCAUGGAGACGGGCGACAUCUGAGGGCUCUCAUUGCGUGCACUAAAAGGCUGCUUGUCGAAAGAAACCAAAACAACACAAAACAGCAUGAGACACUAAGAGCUAGCUGCAAAUUGGAAAUGCUUGGCUUGUAAGCUCCACCCACCAACACCAAAACACAAAACACACAAAACUAAGGAUAGUACAGACAGAAAAGACAUAUGUUUAGGCCAGAGUUUAGUUUAAUUUUGGAUAGUGAUAUAUCAUUGACAGCAACAAAUAUCAAAAGUGAACAAAACGUCCGUAUUGUAUUGAUUUAUUUAACGACAAUGUUAACAUUUUGUAACGAUUAAGAACUACUACUAUAUGCAUUUUGCCAAAGGAAUUAACCAAACGGAAAUUGUAAACUCUAGCAAAAUGCUUGUAUCUGUAUCUGUGUGUUUGUAUGAAUGUAUCUUUGUACCUUAAAGCGUGCAAGUCGUGUCUAUGUAAAUGUGGAAAAU